AUGCAUAAUGGCCGAAAGAACAUACAUUGCGCAUCAUGCCACCUGGUCUUGGGUAAUUUGAAGUUCUCUUGGGAUGGACUUGACUAUGCGUUGGAAAGUCCAAGGCCGGCAUGGCACCACGGCGGCCAGAUGCGCCAGGCUCCGCAGCCGGUCGGAACCAAGACCACAACAAUUCCGCGAGGAGACCGUCAACGUAUUCCCACAAGACAGCCAGCCAACCUCCGUGUGGAGGUGGAGUUUGCCAUUGAGGAACAAGAAGUCGGGUUGGCUCCCCAUCCCGUUGUUUGCGCACACGAGGAUCAGCGAUGGUCCAGCAGCUGGAAAGAGUUCUAG